AAUGCGUUGAAAAUACGACCUUGAUCUUUGGAUUAGCAAAUAGACAUCAGCUGUUUGCUCGUUUUAAGUCACAGGGAAUAUGCGCGGUGGUGUGGUUGGCUUACACUUAUCAGGAUUUAUUUCUGCCACGAAUGAAAAAAAUAUUAGCACGCCUUGCUCAAGGGGAUUCUGAUGAAGGAUUUGUAUCAUAUAACAAUCUUGGCAAUCAUCAAGGACCACAUCUUGCUACUGUCGGGCGUAAUUUUAGGGUGGGUAGUUUUACACUAGUUGUGGAGUCGGUUAUUGCUGAAGGAGGAUUCGGUGUUGUAUUUCGUGUAGUCUCUCAACAUGGACAUACUUACGCUUUGAAAAGAACAUGUGUUAACAAUAGUCAUGAUCUUUCUGUUUGUAAAAGAGAGAUAAAUAUUGUAAGUUCUUUAUCACAUAAAAAUAUUAUUCGCUAUGUGGACUCGAAAAUAAUAGAUAUUCAACAAGGAAUCUAUGAAGUUUUGUUAUUAACGACUUAUUAUCCAGGUAGUUUAAGUCAACUCAUAAAUGAACGGAAACAACACCACAGAUUUACGGAAGCUGAAGUUAUACGUAUAUUUAGUGAUAUUUGUGAAGCAGUUUGUCGAUUACACCAUUGUAAAACACCAAUUAUUCAUCGAGAUUUAAAAAUCGACAAUAUUCUUAUUGACGACCGAAAUAAUUUUAUUUUAUGUGAUUUUGGCAGUGCAACUUCACGUGUUCUCCAUCCUGGUGUUCAUGGUCUUGGAAGAUGUGAAGAAGAAAUUUCUAGAUAUACUACUUUAGCUUAUCGUGCCCCUGAAAUGGUCAAUUUAUCCGCAUCAAUUCCAUUAGGUCCACAAAUCGAUAUUUGGGCUUUGGGUUGUAUGCUGUAUUGCAUAUGCUAUUUCAAUUUACCAUUUGGUGAUAGUAUUCUAGCUAUACAAUCAGGUAAUUUUAGUCUACCAGACAAUUCACCAUAUUCUGAAAGGUUACAUAAAUUAAUUGGUUAUAUUCUUUGUGUGGAUGCAUUCAAACGUCCAGAUAUUUAUCAAGUUUGUGCAUUAGUUUUCACGCUUGCUGGUCGAAAUAAUCCUGCUCAGAAUUUAGGUAAUCUUCCAAUUCCCCUUUGGAAAGAUUUAACUGUACCUCCACGAGAAUCUCAACUCAAAUUACCUGUCAAUUCUCAUACAUCUGAGUUUAAAUCAGAAAAUAGGCCAAUUUCUCCUUCCUUUAAUAUUCGAAAUAAAUCUUGUUCACCUGAUCAGAAACAAUCUAUUCAUCAGUCAACAGAUCAAUUUAUUACGAAUACGUCGGUAGCACCAAGAGAAAGACCACGACCUAAUUGCUCUGCUAGUAAUCGUGUAAUUGUGGGUAACACUGUAAAUUCAAUUAUUAGACCACCGAUUGUACCACCAUCAAUGACUAAUAAUAAUAAUCCAGUUACGACAAACUUUGCUGACUUUUCCAAUUCAAAUAUAGUAACUGUGUCAAAUCAAAAUGUCAGUUUGCCAUUUCAAGAUUCUUUUAAUCAACAACCAUCAACAAAUUUACUGGGACAUAAACGUUGUCCAAGUGAUACAUCGUCAUUUUUGAAAAUUUUCUCUCCAAAUUUACGUCAUAUACAAAGUUUAGCAUCUUUGUCGCAAAUAUCUCAAUCAUUUGAUUCAGUGGCAAAUAGUUGCUCAACUAUUGAAUACACUAGUGUAGGCAAUGUUAUUUCAAGUUCAAGAAAAACUGAAAUGUCAAUAUCGCCACGUUUAAAUGUAAUAGACCAACCAACUACUACUAGUACAACUACCACUCUUGGUGUUCAAUAUUUAUCAUCUAGUGGGAAUUCCGAAAAUUUUCUGUCACUAUCACAACAACAGCAGCACUUAUCAUCAACACUGUCUUCAUCUACACCUUUACAACAUAUUCAAUGUAAUCAAACCAUGAUACAUAAUAAUAAAAAUAUCACGAAAACUGUCGAUAAUGUUGAUACUACUGCUACUAAUGAUUAUGAUGAUGAUAUUCUUUUCGGUGCUGCUUUUGACGCGAUUCGCGGUAAUAGUGGUAAUAAUAAUGAUAAUAAACAUUAAUAGAGCACAAAUAACCGAUAUUCAAUUCAAUCACUUUUGGAAAUUGUUUCAUACAAUUUCAACAAUUCCACUGUUGCUGAUGAUGACAUAUGCAUAUUCUACUCCACUGUAAUGUAUACAUGAAUCAAUCUGCUUACAGAAAAUAUUCAUACAUUUUAGAUUUCAUUCAAUCAUAUGAUUUCUUCUUUGUUUUGUUUUUUUAUUUAUAAAAAAGCAUCCAAUUUUUAAUGUUUAGUGGAUUUAUACUUUCGAAUGGAUUGAUGAUUUAACCAGUAAAUUCAAUCAGAUCUCAAAUUGUUUUUAGUUUUAAGUAGUAUAUUUGUAUUUUUUGAUAUCGAUGAGAUUAACUUUCAUCUCUCAUUUGAACAACACAUAUACAUGAUUCAUCCCAUCCUCUUUCUCUCUCUAUCUUCUUAUCACACAUGGAUUACAUAUUGCACAAUUUGAAUACUCUCUCCUUUUAUCUUUGAUUUAAUAUGUCCUGUUUGAUUUCUUUUAAUAUUUGCAGAUGUAAUAUGUAUAUAAUAAUGUGUACAUUUACUUACAAAACAACUAAUAUAAUCUAUAUUUAUACAUACAUAGAAUCUCAUGAAAGUUGAUUUAUUUUAAUUUACCUGAUAAUUGUACUUCUACUACUACACUUGCUUUCUUUAUCCUUGAUCAUUUGAAACAAACAUAAUACUUGUUUCAUGUUGAAUGUUGAUUAAUUACUAUCUCCACUUCAUUGUUCAUCAUGUGGUCUGUAUAAUUUUCUUAUUUGUAAGCCUAAUUUAAUUAAUUUUAUGUUUUUUGUGUGUGUGUGUUUUUGCUUGUAUCUGAUCCACACGUUUAUUACUUCUGUUCAUUAUGUAUUAUUCGUGUUUCAUUCUAUCUAUGUAUUUGUGUGUAUGUUCUAAUGCUUAUGACUUUUGUCUCAUUUUCAUUUCUUCUUGUUUAUGAUGACUACAAGUAUAUUUUACAGAAAAUAACCAUUAUAUUUAUAUAUUAAAAAGAUUAUCCUUUGGUUACUAUUUCACAUUUUAGUCUCUGGUUGUGUUCGAAACCCAUUCUAGUUGAUUGAUUAGUUCACUAGUGGUAGUAUUCGAAAUCUUGUGUUUUUUUUCGUCUAUUUUUUUCUUUUGUUAUUUCUGAUUAACAGUAAAUUUUCAUUUUAAAGGUUGUGUAUUUGAAAGAGAGAUAGAAAAAAAAGAAUCAUUUACUGACACAUUUUGUUAAGAAAAACUUUGAUGAGAUAAAGUUUUUUUUGUUUAUUUCAAAAUUUGGAUUCUGUUACUAUUGGAUCUAUUAAAUUUAAAGGUGUAAUCUUUGAUGUUGACCAUGACAAGUAUGUGUAGUUGUCCAUCAUUCAUAAGGUGUAUUAGCAUAAAUUUCGUUGAAAAUGUAUUUCAUUAUUGAAGAAACGUUCCAAUCACUCAUAACUAAUCUUCAUUGAAGUUAUCACUGAUAGAAACAGAAUGGAAAAAUGUUUGUGGCUUACUGGUUGUUAACUGUAUCAUAUCACUUGACAAGUUCAUCAAAUAUGAAUAGUAUGAAUACAUUGUUUAAAGGAAUUAAAUUAAAACUGAUCCAUUAAACUAGUGCACAAAUGUAUAUUCAAAUUCAGUGAUAUGUUAUGGAGAAUAUUUGUAAUUUAAGAUGAGG